AUGGCCAAUCAAGGCCUGAAACCAGCCCGAAUUCGCAUGGGUAUGGCGCGGCGAUUCGGGUUAUCCGAGGCGGAUAUGCCAACUCUACGCCAAGUGCAAUGGUUCAUCAGCCACUACACGAAGAAGACGCUCCACUGA